AUUUCUGCACCACUCAUCAAAACUCUGCGGCAUGCAGACAAGAGGAGCCGGGGGGGAGGGCAGAUACUAGGUCUAUGCUGAGUGUAGGAACGUCACCUCUUUUUGUCUACUUUGUUUUUAUUAGAUAGACAACUGUAGCGUGUUUCUGUCAUUUACGUCUUAGUUUGAGCAGACCUGUUCAAAUACCUCAUAUCCCUCUGAGCUGAGGCACAGUAGCUCUCUCUCUCUCUCUCUCUCUCUCUCUCUCUCCGCCGUCUUGCUAACUGUUCGGACCCGGCGUUUCUUUUUCUUUAUUGCUUUUUAGACGCGUUAAUUAGAUAGUUUGGUGUCCACACGUUUAUGAGAAAAUGGCAAAGGAUGGAGAAAAAGAUGGGUGGAAAGAAUUUAUAUGGAACCCGAGGACGAGGGAGUUUCUGGGCAGGACGGCGAGCAGCUGGGGUCUUAUUAUUCUCUUCUAUGUAGUUUUCUACAUCUUCCUGGCUGGGCUGUUUGCCCUCACCAUGUAUGUCAUGCUGCAGACGUUGGAUGACCAUAAACCCACCUGGCAGGACCGGCUCUCCACACCAGGAAUGGUGAUUAGACCCAAAGCAGAUGAGACCUUUGAGAUCGCCUACAGCAUCAAGGAUACUGAGAGCUGGGACAUGUACGCUCAGACCCUGGACAAGUUCCUGUCACCCUACAACAACUCUCUGCAAACCCAGAAAAACGACGAGUGCACCCCUGACCAGUACUUCCUGCAGGAAGACAGCGGCGACGUGAAGAACAACCCCAAGCGCUCCUGUCAGUUCAACCGCACCAUGCUAGAGGAGUGCUCUGGAAUCAAUGACCGUUACUAUGGAUACCAGGAAGGCAAACCGUGUAUCAUCAUCAAGCUAAAUCGGGUGAUUGGGAUGCUUCCAGGAAAGGAUGGACAGGCUCCAUAUGUCAGCUGUGCUGCAAAGAGAGAAGACUCUGACAAAAUUGGAGAGUUGAUGUACUUCCCACCAAACGGCACUUUCAACCUUAUGUACUACCCUUACUAUGGCAAGAAAGCUCAGGUGAACUACUCUCAGCCAUUGGUCGCUGUCAAGUUCCUCAACAUUACCACCAAUCAAGAAGUCAACAUCGAGUGCAGGAUUUUCGCCAACAACAUUCCCGUCGGAAGUGAAAGGGACAAGUAUGCUGGGAGGGUGUCGUUCAAGCUGAGGAUCAACACUGUCUCCACCUAGUUUGACCUUCUUUUCCUUCUCCUGAAAACUACGUCUCCGUUCUCUGCAACAUUGCACAUACACAGAAAGCAAUCUCAGCAUUCACACCCUUUGUAGGAUUUGUUUACAAACCUCCACAUUUUGGGAGGAAAUAGUUAAUCUUAGUCGUUGGAUGAAGAGGAAAUAAAAAAAAAAAAAGGGUGCUAAUCCUGGCAUUAUUUCUGUCUGUGAGCUUUGGGACAAAUUCUUCUCUGUACAUUAGUUUGAGGUGACGUCUAUUUAUACUGCAUGACCAAACUAGGAGAUGUAAAGGAUGUGAACGUGUGUUUCCAGAGUUUGCGAGGAUCAGCAACAGUACCACUUUAAUGCUGCUCCCCCUCCUGCUGCCUCCUUACAGAGCCUCCCUCUAUAUACGAAUAUACACAAAUUACAAUUCAAAAUGUGUAUAUCUACAGUAUUUAUACGGCAUCAUAACCUUAUAUCAGUAUUUUGUUGCACUUAAAAGAAUAAUCCAACAGACUCGCGUAUAUCUCGACGGAUGGAUGCAGAGAUGAAGCCAUGUUGCAUGUGUGUAUUGUCUUUAGUGUGCUAUGAGGGCAGGAGGCCCCCCCCCCACCCCUUCCC